AUCCUGCAUAUGAUAAUUUUAAAGCAAAUGGAAGUGAUACAGAAGAUAAAGUACUUUUUUUUAACUUAUACUAAAGCUGGGUUUCAUUAGAUAAUUACCUCAAGCAUAAAUAUUGCACUUAAUGAUAAAUUUACUGGUGUCUGUGUUUCAGGCUUGAAUAGAAUAAUUCAUCUCGCAUAUUUACUUUUAAUUAGACUUGUUCUCUUCCAUAUUCCAAACUUGUUUAUCAAGAAGAGGGGAUCCCUUUUCUGACAGUGAAUGCAAAAUUGCCAAUAAGAAGGAAAAUACACGUUGAGACAAUUCAGCAGCUAUGCCAAAGGGCAAGAAGAAAGAUGUCAAGAAAAAAGAUGUCAAGAAGAAGGACAGUAAGACAGCAGACAGUGAGAAGGCAGAAGAAUCUGUACAUACUCCUGAUCCUGCACAAGAUACUACAGCUGAGAGUGGUUUAACAGGGCUGCCAGAUUUGCAGAGUGAUUCAGUGAAUGCUGUGGGAGAAACUCAGGCAACUCCAGAGAUCCCAGAGGAGGAAGAGGAACCUCCAGUCCAACCUGUUCCUCAGUACCGUGAGGAGCCUAUUCUUGCUCAAAUUAUUGUAAAAAGCUAUGAAGGUGAACAAGUCAAUGGAUUGUAUGAGGGUGAAGGAUUUGCAUGUUUUGAGGGAGGGGGUACUUAUAAGGGCAUGUUUUCUGAAGGGUUUAUGCAUGGACAAGGGACUUACACGUGGGCUGAUGGAGUGAAGUAUGAGGGAACAUUUGCUAAGAAUGUGCAGAUGUUUAAUGGCCGUUAUACAUGGAAUGACGGUGUCUAUGAAGGAUCAAUCAAAGAUGGAAUUAGGCAUGGAUUUGGAUUUUUCAGGAGCAGAACUCGUCCUGUUUCUUACCUUGGCGAGUGGUGUAACGGCAAAAGACAUGGAAAGGGUAUCAUUUAUUUUGAUGAGGAACAUGCCUCUUGGUAUUCAGGUGAAUGGGUCAAUAAUGUCAGAGAAGGAUGGGGAAUGAGACGCUACAAGUCUGGAAACACCUAUGAAGGUCAGUGGAAGAACAAUGUACGACACGGACACGGAAGAAUGAUAUGGUUGGCAGCUAAACAAGAGUAUGUAGGACAGUGGGUGAAUGGCAUCCAGCAUGGGUAUGGCACCCACGUGUGGUUUUUCGAGAGAGGGCCUCUGUCUCAGUACCCUCUGAGGAACGAAUACGUGGGGCAUUUUGUCCGAGGGGAACGACACGGGCACGGCAAGUUCAUCUACGCCGGUGGAGCUCUGUACAAAGGCCAGUGGGUUCAUAAUAGGAAGCACGGCAAGGGCAAGUUUAUCUUCAAGAACGGUCAUGCUUAUGAAGGAGAGUUUGUAGAUGAUCGUCUGGUAGGUCUUCAUCUUCAAGAGAAUACAGUGAAUGCAAAAGAGCUGAGUGGCAUUGCCACUCCUUCUGUCAUUGAAAGUAUCACAACCAUUAAUGACUCGGAAAGUACUUCUAUCCUGGGGUCAGAUAUUGAGUUGGAUAUAUCUUCACUGCUUGACUUGUUCCCAAGGGAAGAGAGACAGGAAGAACUGCACCAAGUAGAACGUGCAGUGUUGAGGCACAUGAUAACACUGAGGAGAGACUACAGCUUCUACAGUGCCUUAGGCUUCGGGCAUUCUCCCGACAACACUUUCCUCAUGACUAAGCUCCAGUUUUGGAGGUUCCUGAAGGACUGCCGGUUUCAUCACUCCAAAAUAAGCCUGGCUGAAAUGGAUCGGGUGGUGGGAGGUAGUAAAGAACUUCUGGAGAUCCAUUGUCCACACCAGCUAUUACUGUUCAGAACAUUUUUAUCUUACCUUAUUCAUCUGGCAUUUCAUAUCUAUCAUAAAAAGCACAAAGUGAAAGGUCGUUCUCUGGAUGGGUGUUUCUCAGCAAUGAUGUCCAGGAAUGUUAUUCCCACUGCCUGUUGUGUCCAAGGUAUCUUAUUUUCUGAAGAAAGACACGCUGUUUUUGCCAUGAACUACAUUUACAAAUGCUGGGAGAUAUACAGAGCUUUUUGCAGCCCGAAUCUCAACCCUCCCUUUGAACCCACAAUGAAGAUAAGGCAAUUUGUUUGGAUGUUGGAUGAAUUGAAACUUCUCAACAAACAAUUAACUGUUUCAAGACUUGUGAAAAUAUUUGUCAAAGUUGGUGCCUGUCCACGUGGUAGGACUGGUAUCAACAUGGAACUGGAGUUGGUUUUUCUGGAGUUUUUUGAAGCUCUUCUUGAAUGUGCAGUGGUGUACGUUACCCAUGAUAUGGUUAAGGAGCAAAUAGCUCUUGAGAAUCAGAACAGAGCUAGCUUUAGAUUCAAGAACUUCUCCAGAGAAAUCUCAGCUUUGUACUCAGGAGAUUCUCAGCCACUGAGAUCUUGUGAAGACAAAGAGCAGUGUCAGCAAGUAUCUCUUCUGGAGACUGUCCUCUCAUUUGCCUCAGCUUGUGCAGACAGCAAAGAUGAUCUGUCAUUGUCCAGCUGGGAUUCAGGAAAAGAACCAGAUUCCUUUCCAGCAAAGGAAUUGGGAGAUGAAGCAAAAGAAGACAAAACUGAACAAGAUGAGAAAUUUUGUCUGUGGAUGUAUCAGAUGGAAAUCUUUUUCACAACAAAGCUCUUCCCUGCUUACCAGCAGGAGAAAGUGCUGAGGCAAAAAGUAGAAGAAAAGCGAAAGGAGGAUGUCGAAUUAGCUGAGCUGAGAAAGAUCAAGGAUGUGGAGCUGGCAAAACUCAUUGCUGAAAGAGAAGCAGAAGAGGUAAGGAGACAAGAAGCAGCUGCAGCAGAAAAAGCCCGUGCCUCCCAGAGUGCAGAUGCUGAGGGGUCGGAGGAUCCUGUCCCACAGGAAGUGUCCCCGCGGAAGGGAAGCAGAGCGCGCCUGUCAAAGGGGGAGGCACAGAAGGGAGGGCCCUCUCCAAAGAAAGAUGCCCACAGGAAAGACUCCUCACAGAAGAAAGAGGCCCAAAAGAAAGCCCCCUCAGUGAAGAAAGAGGCACAGAAGGCAGCACCUGCAGGUAACACGGGGCCUGCUAACAAGAAAAACAAACCCUCUGGUAAAAACCACUGAAACUUCAAGCAAGUUCUCUUCAAAUAGAAAAAAAAAACCAAACAAACCCAAACAACACUAGAACAACAACACUUGUAGGGAGCUGUAAAAAUUAUAAGACUGUAUGCACAAGAAUUGAUUUCAGAGGGAAACUGUCUGUUUGCACCGGGGUCUUGGGCAAGUUACAUUGCACUAAACUAUCAGAUAGUCACACAAUGAUGCAAAUGAACACAGGAAAACAAAAGGAUGCCCUUAAAAGUGUAACAAUUAUUAGCUUUAUUUUCCAGCAAAAUAUUCACAUAACAUAUCAGAAUGGAAUGGUACAGAUGAAUUCAGACUGGUUUCUAAUUAGCUUGCACAUAAACAUGUUUAAAAUUUAAAAAUUUUAUGGUCAGAGUUUACAGAUUUUAGUAGAAAUUUUGAUUCUUACAAAGCAAGUAUUGCUUUACUAUUGUCAUUAUUCCAGUCAAUAAUAUGACUAAUAACUUCUCAUGUUGAACAAGUGCCUGACAUUGACAUCUUCAAUAAAUCAGCCCUUUGCAGAUCAAUCCAAGAAGAAAAUAUUGUUAAACUGUGUUGCACAAAGUUUCUUCACUUCUUCUGUUAAUAAAAAAAAAAAAAAGAUACUUCAGUAUGAUAUUUUUACAGAAACCUCCUCAAGAGAAACCCUGGGGAUCAUCACAGAGAAUAUACUUAAAUUCAAACAGAAAAAACCCUAUGAGUUUCUAACGUAGAAAUACACUUAAUGUUACUCUGUCUUCAGUAGGAGAAAGUCAAGUCAAGUCUGGCAUCUCACCCUGUCUGAAAGGUGAGUUGUAUUUUAAGUGGCUGAAGUGUAAAUGAUGGGCCACUCAUCUUGGCAAACUUACACUGCAACAGCAGCAGACUUGGCUCCAUCCUAAGGAAGUACAUUAUAACCCCUUUUUCAGAGAGAGGAGGAAUUAGGGUAGUCUGUACAAUAAAUCAAGUCAGCAAAACUUUUGCUUUGUGCUAUUUGGUAGAGAACACUUUCUAAGUUUAUCAGGCACAGAAACACUCAUUUACUGUUUCUGGGUGGCAGGUUUGAUGCUGAGAGACAAUUACACAAAGAUUUCUACGUCAUGCAACUCAUUUCUCUUUUUAAAGUGUAGGUUGCUAGGCUUUGGUCCUGGAAAGUAUUAAUUCUUUCCCAUUGUCUAAGUGAGCACAUUCCUCCUGUUAUGACAGAGAGCCCCAAAAUUGCUGCAAGCAAGAUUCAAACAGACUUUAGGAGAAAUAGCAAUUUAAAAGCUUAUUGCAUCCUAAUGUUCAUUUGCACUCUUAGUCACAGUAAGUCAUUCUGAAAACCACGUUAGAAACAAGACAGCAAUGGGAUGAGGAUCCCUGGCAGGACAGACAGACAGAUAUCAUGUGUAAGUAACCUACCCCUGGAUCACUGACAAGUAAAACCCAACUCAGAUGUAAAUAUGUUCAUCUCUCACCUGUCAUAUACUGUAUUAAUUACUCCUAAACUAAGCUCAUAGAUCUCUCCUCUAUUAUUUGAAGGAGGAAUAAUGAGUGAUUAAUAAUUAAGAAUGUCUGCUGAAUAUUUAUGCUGUUCUUUCACAGCUGAUAGAAGGCAGACUAAAACCUUGGGCAAACUCACCUGGUCUAUCAAAGAUCAAUCACUCUCUACAUUUCUCAUGAGAUGGAUUUUAUUACUUCCCUAGGGACAUACAUUCUAGUAGUAACUGUAUUUAGAUGUAAUAAAAAACAAUCCUUACCAUUAACUUCAA